CGUCGUCGAAGGUCGCACCGCGGUGGCCACGACCUUAGCAAUUGUGCGUAUGUGGUCUGUACACACUAAAACACGUCACAACUCACGACUGUUGUAGACCGCUCGCUCGACAGUGUCCACAGCAUCACCGCCGCUAAAUAAUAUUGUUAUCAUCACUAUCGUCGUCGUCGUCGUCGUUGUUGUUGUUGUUGUUGUUGUGUAACCACCAUUAUCAUAGUUAUCACCAUAGAGACCUAAUGCGGUUGGGUAAUCAGCUACGGUUAUCGCUUAUCACGAUCGUCGAUUUUCUUUCACUCUCUCCGCUCUCACACCUCACUCACUCGCUCGCUCGCUCUCUCUAACCCGCUCAGUGAUCAGGCCGAACCACGGGCUGUCUUUUACCUCUGCUCACCGCCUUAAUACUUCGGAACGCACGAAAAUCAUAUCACAAGCAUAACAUCCGCGCACGUCCACCGUAGAACGUUUGCCGAUAGGCACUCUGACCGCCCCCGACCACCGAUAAAAGGAUCUUACGGUUUCCCGGUCGAUCGGUCCGCAUCUACGCGGAGCCCUGUGCAAGUGCCGAGUGGAAAGAGACAGUGAUAGUGUCUGUCUUCGUCCGCGGCGAUUAUCGUCGUUCUGUCGGCUGCCGAUAGGUUUUUAUUAUUUUUUUGCCGUUCCCGUCGCGGUCACGUUUUCCCCGUUUUGCCCCCCCCCCUUCACUCUCGCUGACACGCUCACGUUCCGCCACCGCUCCCUCAGAGACGACCGGUGUACCUGUCUCACUCGCUGUUGCGCUUCAGUUCCAGUUCCGAUCCGGCUCGGUUCCAGCAGCGUCCGGCCCGUCCGAAUGCGCCGUUCGAGUCUUCCGGCGUCGUAUUAACAACCAUGUACUUACGUUCAUCCACGUCGCUCUCACGCAUCAGCGCCAUCGCCAACCGUCGAUCGCCGGCGGUCUUUAAACGUCGAGAUUACAGUGACAACGCCGAUAGCGCAAAGAAAGGACUUGUCGUUGGCGUAUACAUUGACGAUUCUGGUAAUAACUUGAAACUUACACCAGCAGCUGACCAGAUAAAUCAAGAGAGUGGUGGCGCAAUUUUAAAAGCAUUAAAAAUUGGAAAGGGGUUUAUGAAAAAAGGAAAAUCUCGGUUAUUUUUUAACACUAACCUUAAGUAUGGAACGAUUGCCGUGGUUGGAAUUGGUAAAGAAGAAUCAGAUGAUAAAGAAAAUGGUGAUGGCAUUGAUGCUAAAAAAGAAAAUAUUCGCAUCGCAUCAGCUAAUGGUUGUCGUAGUCUUGUAGAUUGUGGUAUCCAAAAUAUAUUUGUAUCUGGCAUGGGUGAUUCAGAAAGUGCUGCCGAAGGUUCUACACUGGGAACUUGGAAAUUUCAAGAGUAUAAGAACAAAAGAGAUGAAAUUCCAAAAAUAUCAUUACUUGAAGAUAAAUCAAGUUGUAGUGAUGGGUGGUGUCGGGGAAUAAUCAAAUCAAAUGCUCAAAAUUGGUCAAGAAAGCUUACUGAAUCUGCUUCUAAUCAUAUGACUCCAACUGUGUUCUCUAAAGAAGUUCAAGAUGUACUUGGGAAACUUGGUGUUAACGUAAUAGUACGGGACAAAUGUUGGGCUGAAGAAAACAAAAUGGGAGGCCUGUUAAAUGUUGCCAAAGGCAGUAUACAACCUUUAUCAUUUUUGGAGAUCAAUUAUUCAGGUGGACCCAAAAACGACAAACCUGUAGUUUUAGUUGGCAAAGGAGUGACGUUUGACAGUGGAGGCAUUUCAAUCAAACCAUCAGCAGCUAUGGGUGAAAUGAGAGCUGAUAUGAUGGGCGCUGCAAAUGUAGUAGCUGCCAUCUCUGCGAUUGCCGAACUAAAACUUCCAAUUAAUGUGAUUGGUCUGACUCCAUUAUGUGAAAAUAUGCCCAGUAGUAGUGCACUAAAACCGGGAGAUGUUAUUGUUGCCAUGAAUGGUAAAUCUAUACAAGUAGACAACACAGAUGCUGAAGGUAGAUUAAUACUUGCAGAUGCUCUCUGUUAUGCAGCCACGUUCAAGCCAAAAAUCACUAUAGACCUUGCUACUCUAACAGGUGCUAUGGUAGUGGCCAUUGGGGAAGCUGCUACCGGAGUGUUCAGUUCAUCUAACAUACCAUGGGCUGCCAUAGAGUCAGCUGGCCACUACACGGGUGACCGAAUGUGGCGAUUUCCCUUAUGGAAUUAUUAUUCUUCAUUAAUAAAAGGUUAUUCUGGUUUUGAUUUGGACAACAUUGGGAAAGGGAAAGGUGGUGGUGCCUGUACAGCUGCAGCAUUCUUAAAGGAAUUUGCCCCGCCUGGCGAUUGGAUUCACAUGGACAUUGCUGGAGUAAUGAAAGCCAAUGGAGAAGAUGGUUUGUACAUAUCGAGAGGAAUGUCUGGUAAACCUACUAGAGCAUUAGUACAGUUAAUUUCAAAUUUGUCUGAAAAAUCUUAACAUUGUAUCAUAAGCUCUUUUUUCUGAAGUUAUUACUAUGAAUAUAAUUGUCGCUGUAGUAAUUAUCAAUUAUUUCUAAUAAAACUGAUAAUUAAAUUAA